AUGGCGAAGGAAACAAACAUAAGGACACUACAUGACCACCUCACUGGCGGAGAGAAUGAUAAUAAACAACAUGUAUCAUUCCAUCCGCGCCAUAUUACCCUCGAAACCUUCCAUAGCCUACUAUCCCACUACCCUUCAACAGUAGAGCGAGUGCACCGCGGCAAGCUAAUGCUGAAGCUCCAGUCAAAGGCAGGGAAGGCACCAAAGCGCAAGGCGGAGGCGAAGGUCAGCGCAGCGCCGACCACGCAGGCAGAGCUCGAUCCGUCUGAGGAGAAGCACAUUCUCGAGGAAACGGAUAAGUUCCUCCAACUUGACCGGUGGCGAUAUGAAGUUCUGCCGAAGAUUAUCGCGGAGCGGGCCAAUGAGGGUGGGCAGAAAGGAAGUGUACCGGAGGGGGGCCAUUUGCUUAAGGAGGAGUUAGUUGACAUCAUGGAAUGGAAGACGAAACAUGGAGUCUCCCGUCCCAUGCUUAUGGGAAUGGUGAAAAGCAACCAAGACGCGACGAUCACCAAGUCUACAUCUACAGCGUUUUCCGCCCUCCCAGAUGCGGACCCGGUGGUUGCGCCGAGUGACGCAUUUCCUAAAGCCAGUCUUGAUGCCCUUACCGGGCCUAUUCGUGGUGUCGGCCCGGCUACUGCAUCUUUGAUUUUGUCUAUUGCUACGGUCUUUGGUGAUGCUAAGAAACAAGUCCCCUUUUAUAGCGACGAUGUGUAUCUUUGGCUGUGUCUGAUGGAUUUUCCAGAGGGUCAGAAUAUGAAAGAGCAGAAGCCUUCUAAACAUAAGAAGCCUAAUGGGGAUUUGAUUGUCAAGUACAAUAUGAACGAGUAUCGGGAGCUAUGGAAUGCUUCACAGGAGCUGCGGGUACGGCUGAACAAUGGCGCUGGAGACGCACCUGUCUCUUUUAUCGAUAUAGAGAGGGCUGCUUAUGUGCUCCGCAAUAUCUCUGUCUCGGGUUACUAUGCUAGUCAAGAACCCGAGGCGGGUUUAAAUAUUGUGAAAGAGUUGGAGUUGGAAAAUAGCCAGCUACCAAAGGAAGCGAAGAAGGACCCUGGCGAGCUUGGCGUGAGGCGUAGUAAGAGAGUAAAGCAAGAAGCUAUAUGA